AUGGAUACAUCGCAACAUUAUAAUCGUCAUCAAUUACCAUCAUUUCCUGUAACUGUUAAAAUUGAACUUUGGAUUCAAGAAGUAACAUCAGUUUCAGAAAUGUCAGAAGAUUUUGAAAUAGAUUUAUAUGUUAAUGAAUAUUGGGAAGAUCCCGCUUUACAAUAUGAUUAUAUGAGACCUUGUAAAGGAAAUUUAACAUUUGAUUAUAAUAUGUGGGAUGAAAUAUGGAUUCCAAAUACAUGUUUUAUUAAUACAAAAAGUGCAGAAAUUCAUAGUUCUCCAUUUCGAAAUGUUUUUUUAAUGGUAUUCCCUAAUGGAUCUCUUUGGUCAAAUUGGAGAAUUAAAAGUAGAGGACCAUGUGAAGUAGACUUAAGACACUUUCCUCUUGAUUCAAUUUCUUGUUAUUUAACUUUUGAAUCAUAUAAUUAUAAUCAAAAAGAAGUUCAUAUGGUAUGGCAUCCAGAAGUCCCUGUUUCUUUAUCAAAAAAUAUAACACUUCCUGAUUUUGAUUUGGUUCAUUUUAAUCAUGUCGCAAUAACAAAACAAUAUGCGGCUGGGAAUUGGGAUGAAUUGACGGUGUCUUUCAUGUUUAGAAGACGAUACGGGUGGUAUUUACUACAAGGAUAUAUUCCCACAUACAUGACAGUUUUUAUUAGUUGGAUUCCAUUUUAUUUAGGACCAAAAGCUAUACCUGCAAGAACAAUGAUUGGUGUAAAUGCAUUAUUAGCAAUAACAUUUCAAUUUGGUAAUGUUAUUAGAAAUUUACCUAGAGUUAAUUAUGUUAAAGCAAUAGAUGUUUGGAUGUUAUCAGGAAUUGGUUUUGUAUUUGCUUCACUUGUUGAAUUAGCAAUUGUUGGAUAUGUUACACGAAAUGAUGAAAAAAUAUGUAAAAUGAAUAAUGUAACAAAGAAAAAAAAGAAAAAAAUUACAAAUAAAAUCAAUUGUGAACAAUUAGAUUUAUUAUCUAGAAUACUAUUUCCUGCUGUUUUUACAUUUUUUAAUUUAAUAUAUUGGGGAGUUUACAUGAAAGGACUGAGAAAUAAUUUUUAA